AUGGAUAUCUGUGUUAUCGAAAGAGCUGCGGAGACACUUUUGGGUCCGCCAAAUCUUGUGUCAGCGGAAAGUCGGCGUGAAGCAGAGCAGCUAUUCCACAACAUCAAGCAGGAACUUACCAUUGAGGCUGCCGGGCAAAGAACACGAAGAAUCAAUGCGUUCUCUUUUCAAAUUGCACAAAUGACCGGUGAAAUUGUAUUGCGUGACUGGGUGUUGCUGUCGAAAGAGCAGAUCAUUCAUACUUAUAAAAUGUUGUUGGAAUUCGUUGCACAGAGAGAAGACUUAUCGAAUUAUGCUCAGACGGAGUUCCUCCGCUCCGUGGCGAUGAUUCUUAAGCGCGGCAUCAUCGAUGAGAAAACUGCAAGUCAUCGGAGGAAACUGAUCUCUGCAAUCACACAACAGUUCUCUUCAUCAUGGAGGAAUGCAAAAUUCAGUAUCACUUGGGAUUUCCAUGUAAGAGCAAAGACUAAAUUUGAGACGCUUCAUGCCUUACUCUCGCAAACAAAUAUCCUAUCCGAUGAGUUUGCGCACAGAAUUUGUGGAAAAUUCUUGGAGGUUGCCGAAACUACUUUAUCAUGGAAUUUUGCUUCAAAGAUUUUUCGACGGGUAUUUUCUUUGUGCCAGACAACGAAUUCGUUUCGGCCGCCAGCCUCAUGGAAGGAUUUGUUAGAGAAUGACGAGUUCUUCACACUGUUUUUCCAGCUGCAUUCGAAAAUUCGGACCGAUGAGGAUCUUUCAAUACAUUCGCUUUCGUGCCUAGUCCAAUUAGCUGGUCUAUCCGGUGAAGUGAUGGCUUCGUCUGAGUUCACUGAACAUUAUGUAAAGCUUUAUAUUGGAUCACUAAUGGAUCUUUUCGCAGAAGGUCCACUUCCGCAUGAAAUCAACUAUUUCUGUACAAUUGUGAAUCGCCUGUUCCAGUAUCGUCCUAUUCAGACAAUAAUGCGGGUAGGACCGGAACUCCGAAGGAAAUUUCUUAUUUAUCUGUCUCAAUAUAUUCAACACCUUACAAAUCAAGCAAUGUACACUGCAAUUGGUCGAGGAGAACACGAUGACCAUCACUCUCUUGCUCUACUGUUCGACUCAUGGACACUUCUACUACGGGGUCGUUGGAGAUUGGAGCUAACGCAGGAGGAAGAAACGAUGAUAGAUAAUGAGCUGAUCAUUGGGCCAAAUCUGCAAAUUGUUAAGCGCUUUGUGGAAUGUGUUCAAGCGCCACCCAUUGGCUGCCGUGCACCCAUCUUCACAGGUGGUGACGAUGAUGACGAGGACGAUAGAACACUUUUUCUGGAUCUCCUCACUCCACUGGGUACGAUGGCGUGCUACAGUGUUCGUGAAUUUAUGGACAUGAUGAUUCAUUUAAUUCGUGAGCACGUAUCCGAGUUCCAACAGAUGGCAUCUGGAUCAGCAGAUUUAUCUCGACUGCCUUCUUGGCAGGAAGAUAUGCACUGGCUGUUACUGAUUAUCGCUAACUCCGUAGUGAGUGAGGAUAUCGAUGGAACGUGUCGCACGGAGGGAGACGUCUUUGAAAGCUCGGUUGCAAUGGUGAAUGAGAGGGGACACGUUUAUAGCCUGGAACAUACGGACUCAUUCCUUUGUCAGUGCAUCGAAAAUCCAGCUGCCGACAGAUCGCAGGCUAAUGACCGAGUCGACCCAUACCUGCGUGCUAGCGUGGGCGUCUCCUUAGAACAUCAACUAGUGUCCGAAGGCCGUGGCGAAUUUCAUCAGUCCAGAGCUACGAGGUCCUCAUUUCUGUGUCUGAGGCGAUUACUAAGUGCAGCCAGCAGUUCUGUCGAGUAUUCUGAUGCGGAUCCGCUAGCGCUACCUGUUCUACCUCAAACAGGGUCAUUUACUCAGCUGAUUGUCAAAUUUGUUGUCCGAAAGGUGUUUACGAUUCUAAACAAGUUUGCUGGAGAGGAGAAGUUGUGCUUGGAUGCGGUGAAUUUGCUGACAGGCAUGAUUGAAGCGUAUGCGACCCUACUGGCAUCAGAACCAGAACUUUUUGACUACCUUGGACAACUCGACAUAGCAGCACUGCCGAGCAGGUUCAUACCUUUAUUUUGCUAUCGGUCUGCUAUUUUUGUCAUUUUCGGAAAUGAUCAGUCUAGGAAGUUCGUUAAAAAUUUUGGAGCCCAAAUAGACUCACGAAAUUUUAAUAAACGGAAGCUAGUGGUAGAUAAGUGA